GGUAUGCUAAAAUAUUUGAAAUUUUAUUGGUGUCAAAAACUGUAUGCGUGUACAUAUAUAAACGGUCAGUAUUGGUUAAUAUACUAGAAAUGUGUGUAUGUGUAUAUAUAUAUACAUAUAUAUAUGUCAUUCCUGGAGAGUGCGCGAAAAGUAGUUCAAUUUUUUAUUCGAAAUUAGAAAAAUGUAAAGGUCACUCAUUUUAUUAAUUUAUUAAUUAUUUUAUAUAUUUCUUCUUUUAUAAUAGAUUUUUUAUUGUUUCAAAAAAUAUCUUAUGGUAAUUAAAUUUACAUUUAAUCUCUCAAUUUCGUUUGGAUACGAAGAUCGACGAAAAUAGAAACUUCUGUGUAAUACGAGCCGACUCCCUGAUAUAGUGCUUUCUCUCGGACGGUUAUUUUCGACCGAUCCUACUGUCCAGACGCUCAACAUAACGUAGAUAAAGCGUCAACGACCGCGGGUGCCACUUCGAGUGUCCACUAAUCGGCUCGAGUAUUUCAAUGAAUCAAUGCAUUUUCUAGUUGGCUGAGGAACUAACACAAGAAUAUGGUAUUCCUGAAGAUAUAUCUAUAAAGAUUACAACAACAUAUUUGAAGCUCUUUAGAAAAUGUCCUGACAAUGUAGUUCAUACUUUGGAUAUUUGGCGCAUAACUUUAUGGAGUAAAGCUCUUGGAGAAAAAUACUCAUAUCUAGCAAGAAAAAUUUACGAACGAUGGUUAUAUCUACGAUAUUAUUAUUUGACGUUGGCAUCAGAUGUAAUUUCUAUGCUUCGUCAGUUGAGGAUAAAAUAUCUCUUAGGUUUGAUUACUAAUGGUCCUUCUAAUGCACAAUGGGAAAAAAUACGAAAACUUUCACUCGAACAAUAUUUCGAUAUAAUUCUUGUAUCAGGAGAUUUACCAUGGGAAAAACCUGAAAGAGAAAUAUUUCGAAAAGCGUGUCGAUUUUUAAAUGUUAAACCAGACAGUUGUGUAAUGGUUGGUGACAAAUUGGAAACUGAUAUUCUAGGUGGAAUAGAAGCAGGUUUAGGUAGUACAAUUUGGAUUCCAACAGUGGAUAAACCAUUCUUAUUAAGAGAAGAUCCACAACCAGAUUUUACUAUAAGGCAUGUCACAGAUCUUUUAAGUAUAUUAAAUAGAGGUCCUGAUGCUCCAGAACUUGAAGAUUCGUCUUCAAAUGCAUCUGAUGGUAGUUGAUAAAAAAACAUUUUUUUUAGGUUUUUUUUAAAAAA